CUAUUUCAGGCAGAUGGGCAGCCUGGAACUGCACGACCCCUCGGAAGUGAAAAGCGAGAAGAGCCCCGCUCUGCCUCGUCGAACAAUGCGUCGCUGUCCGGAGCCAAAAUUUGUAGUGGAGAGACGGUGGACACCUGGGGCACGUCGGGCGAAUGCCGAAAUGAAGUCUCGCUUUGUCCACAGUGGCGUCGCGCGUGUCUGCCAAAGGAGCGGGCACAAAGCGCAUGCAGGGGUUCUCGGACUGCGCGCUUGUUUGAUCCACGCGUGCGUGAAAUGGGGGGAGGGGGGAGGAUGUUCCUUUGUCCGCGCGUUUUCAGGGAACGAUAUAAGAAAUCGGGAAAGACAGGCGACGAGACAAGUCACUCCCCUGCAACUCAGCCCAUCCCUCAUACAUUCCAUCCGCCCUAGAUAUGUUGAAUUUGGACGAUUUUACCAAGACUGUCUUCGACGACAUUCGAGAUGGUGUGCCAAUCAUCGGCACGGACUACCCUUCCAACAUAAAUCAAGUCGGUUCCUUCAAUGAUGCCAACGGGCUUGCCAGCCAGUAUCCCGUUCAAAACUUCUCCCUCCCCUCUUUUCCCUCGAGCGCUGCCAUUCCCAACACGAUGUUCCCGGGAGCAUCGUCAGAUUUGAGUGACGGUCCUUCCUGGGAUAGCGUCGCUCUCCGAAGCUUCCCGCGAAGUAAGUCAACAGAAACCUACAGUGGCAUGUGAGACAUCGGCACUGACAUAGCAUUCCAGGGCCGAACCACUUGGGG